AGACCUUCCUGUUUAGACAGACAGGCGUUUAAAAACAGAAAGUCUUUAGAAGCAUUUUUUCUAAUUGUUUGCAUUUAGUUCUUUUAACACAUUUUCCAGGCCAUCGCAAUAUCCUAUCUGUGGGAUCCUGGGUGGAAUCUGGAUCAAGUCGCAAGGUUGCAACAAAGGCCUUGCAAAGGCUGAACAGCUACAGUUUAUCCACCCAUGAAUUAAAGGGAGGAACGUAAACAAUGGAUGAUGAUUUCAUUGCUUCCUCGCUGCCUUCAUCUUUCCCGGAGAGCUUAGAGAUGGCGAUGGAAGUGGAGGGGCAAUCCUCCAGGCUCUUCCGCUUCUCCUGUGCUUCAGACCUUCGAAAUGGAGGGAAAAGCUUUUCUCCUGAUUCUUACUUAGCAAGUGGGUCUUUUAAGAGGAUUUUGCUGGGACUAGACCCUUUUCCAACUGAUUAUGAGGAAGACACUGUGGAAUUAUUUGGUUUUCAGUGGGUCACUGAAACUGCUUUAGUUGAGUCUUGUACACUUCUCUUUGGAUUAUUUAGGCAGCAAAUCCACAAACUGGAAAAUCUCAUUCAAUUAAAUGACUUUGGUCAAGCUGCACACCUUCACUGGGAGGCCCAUAAUAUCAGAAAGCAGUGUACUGAAUUUCUACAGUAUGUGAAAAUGUUCAUCUUCAGGUAUCUGGAACCAUAUGGAAUAGAAGAGGAUGAAUUAAUCCAUCCAUAUCAGAAACAAGAAACACAGCUGCCUUCCUUGCUUGUUGAGGAACUCCAUUCUUUGACGCUGCAUGCUGGACAUUUACAUGAACUUCCUAGUUGUGUUUUGGGAGCAUUCACCAUUCUGCCUCAAGCAAAGUUAUUUCCACCUUCGUGGCAUUUGCUGCAUCUUCACUUGGACAUCCAUUGGUCAGUGCUGGAAAUUCUUCAUCUUCUUGGUGAAAAGAUGCCAAGGCAAACUGUGUAUGCUCACAGGUUUACAAAUUUAACAGGUGAAAAUUUGACCAAUGUAAGUUUAUUUGAAGAACAUUGUGGAAACCUCUUAUAUGAUCUGAUAAGUUUGUCAGCAAACAGAUACACAAAGGUAAGGCCUCCUGAAGCUUUGAGUAAUUCCCACUACCCUUGCUUUUGUGUGAAGGAGUUGUGGGUUUUACUUAUUCAUCUUCUUGACCACAAAAAUAAAGGGUCCUUCACAGAGUCUUUCUGGAGUUGGUUGAAUAAAAUUCUGAAGUGUGUAUUUGAAAAAAGCAAUGGUACAGAAGAAGCAUCUUCAUUUGAAUCUAUUCUGUGCAAUGAUCCAUUAAGUUUUAGUUGGUGGAUUAUAACUCACCUGGCAUUACUGUACAACGUUGACCGAAAUGGGCAUGUAGACAAAGAGAAACCAAUAGAAUCCAACUGGCCUUACGUGGAAGAGUUAUUGAAGCGGUCCACAAAUAGUCAAAUGGGGAUAUUAGAAGAACAGUUACGAAUGCAUCUUCAGUGCUGUUUGACAUUAAGCUGCAUCUGGGAUGUGAACCUAUCUGCUGUCACCAUACUCUGGGAGUAUUACAGCAAGAAUCUGAACAGUCCCUUCACUAUUCCUUGGUUUGGUCUCAAAGGGCUCGCAAAUAUUACUAAAACACCUUUGUCUAUGUACGAGUUGAUAAAGCGUUUUUGUGGUGACAUACAUACUCGAGAUGUGUAUACAUCAAGCAAUAGUUACCAAAUUUUUCUUUGUAUUGUGGCACAAAUAAUGAAGAAGGCAGUGAAAACCAGUGGUAUUCAUCCAUGGAAACAGAUCAAAGGAAGAAUUUAUUCCAAAUUCCACCAGAAGAGAAUGAGAGAACUGUCAGAGGUGGGGCUACAAAAUUUCUUCUGUCUUUUCCUUGUGCUGGCAGCUAUAGCAGAGAUGGAAGAUGUUGCUAGCCGCAUGAUGGAACUUGUGCGUUGCCUCAGUCCAAGUUCCACCAGCAUUCCACUGAGAGCUCUAAUCUGGAGAGGAUACUUUGCCUUUAUCUUAACCUAUGUGGAGAAGAACGUGGAUAUCAGUUUUCUAGCUGAGGAAGUCUCAAAUGCCUUCCAUGAAAAGGCAAAAGAAUUCUUGGUAGAAAGGAAUGACCUUUUGCAAAAGCAGAAUCUCUGGAUGCUGCUUUCUACCUACCUCGAUGGUGUCCAAGAAGUUUUUGAGAUCAGCUGUGCCUUGAACCUGUCUGAGGAAAAGCUGCUGAGUGAGGGUUUUAGUAUGCUGCUGCCAGGUUGCCGAGGAUCUGAACUUUCAACAGUGUUAAGUUUCUUGCAAGAUGUUCUGUUCAGGCUGAGGACUGUGCGCAAACACUUAAGCCAAGGGCUACCAUUAGGGAAUACAGGACCAAAUGCUCAGCCAGCAUCAGUGGCGAAAGAGCACCACCUGGCUGUUGCCAGAGCUCUUUGGAGAAAUUUCUUUCCAUACCUGAAGAGUCAGCGAAUGUUGCAAACUCCUCCUCCUCCUCAGCUUGCAGACGCAGCUGCAGGUUUUACUUUGCUGGCUUUGGAUUUGCCCAGCGCAUGUCCAUCAGAACUUCAGCCUCAGCCAGUUUUGUCAAUGAUGCAGUUGUUUGGAUGGGACGAUAUGGUUUGCCCCAAACUGGUUUCAAGAUUUCUAAGUCAUUUAAUACAGAACAGUGCACUGUCUGAAACUCUUACUGGUAUGGGUCAUGUGUCCUUCCAAGCCUUGUUGGUACACUCUUGGUUUCGAUGUGUUUUGCAAAUGUUUAUUGAUCAACCUCCUCAUACUUCAGUCAGGAUAGAUGCUGAGCAAACAGCAGAGAAGAAUCAUGUGGAGCAACUUGCUGAACUCACAAGAUUGAUACUUAAGCUACCAGAAAUAGAAUCUAUCUUCUCAAAUGCUCGUGUUGAUGAGUCCAUCUACAGGCAAGAUCCCAAAGAUGCUGUUAUUCAGUUCAUUAAGGCCUUUGGAAAAAACUAUAGUGGUCUUCAAACACUAGCUGAAAAAUCAACCAUGGUGACAAAGGCUCUAGAAUAUAUUGGUGAUGUAUUAAAACAUGUAAAACCUUACUUAAUGAGGAAAGGACCUGCAGAAGGAUUCCAUCUCACCUACAGGAUUAUAGGAUGCCUUGUGAAAUCUUGGGCACCCAUAUUGGCGACUUCCAAGGCACAACCACUCUUGUUCCGCAUAAUUGAUUGUCUGCUUUUGCCCCACAUUGUGCUCCAGCAAGACAAAGGGCUGCCUGCAGCAAUGUUGUCUGCAAUUCGGGAGAAUCUUCCUCUCUUUCUUCAGGGUUUGUCUUUUAUAUGUUGUCAGUCUCAGACACAAGGUGCCUAUUUGAAUCAGUUGCUAGGGAAUGUUAUCCAACAGUAUUUGGGGCGUUUCCUUCCUCCAUCACCUUCUGCUUCUCGAACUGGGCAGCAUCCUAUUUUGCUGGCACUGUACAGUUCCUCCACCACCACCACCCCAGGAGCCUUACAUCUACAUAAGACCACAAUGCAAGUCAUAAGUGAAAAUUAUCUACAGUUCAAAGGCCAUGCACCUCCUUUGCAUCUGGCAUCAUCUCUAGCUUUCAUUCUUGAAGCGUUGAGGAAAGCCAGGAGUACUGAAGUGUGUGAUAUUGGUGUGCUACUCCCUCCUGUACUGAAAUGCCUUGUAUUGGUUAAUGAACCUCUAGUUAAAAAACUAUCUACAGAAAUUCUGCAGUGUGUGGUAGAAGGCUGCCAAGCAGGGUCAGGAAAGGAGCUUGCCACCCAGCUGACUUCUGUGUUUAGGCAGUUUAUCCAGGAUUACACUACUGUAUAUGGUAAUCAAGUUUACAGCAUCUUGGAAGCAGUGGCAGUCUUGGACCAGCCUCUAGUUAUCAGCUUGAUUCCUGCUAUGACAGAAGCCCUGAGGAAUUCAGAGUACAAACAAGGUCUUGGCAGAAACACUGUGCAAAGGGAAGCCUAUAAAAGACUCUUAUCUCAGCUCACAGAGGCUGGACAGACAGAGAUAUUGAGACUGGAAAAUGAGACCCAUUAGCAACCCGUUGAUUGGUAUUUUCUGCAGUCAUUUCCUCGAAUUUCAGUCCUUUAUACAGGGUGUGUGCGCCCUGUCUACAGGUGAAGAGCGUUUCUGCUUAGUUUUAUUGCAACAUGCAAGCUACCCUUGAACAUCUUUUGAUUCAGCCAUUUAAUACUACCAGCAAUAUGGACAAAGGAGGGCAGAGCUUUUCUCAUUGUGAGCCCCUAAGUCCUUUCAGAGAUGUUUAGGAGAAAAACAGAGCCAAGUAUAGGAAACUUGAUGUCUUGCUGAAAAUUAUUUUUUAAAAAAAGUUGGAGAGAAGCAGGAAAGACAAUUUUUACCAGUAAACUUUUUUUUGCUGCUCUAAUGAAUCAAUACACUUUGGCUGUCAGGCCUUUCCAUUCUGACACCUUGAGUGAUGUUUUGCACAUAAACACUUCAUAUGAGCUUGGUGACUGCAAGAGGUUCAAUCUAAGCAAGGCCAGGGUUAGGUCAAGAUGCUUGAGCCACCUGAUGUUAACAGAAGAGCUUGUGUAGGCACUGCAUGGAAGGGUGACAGCUGUCCUAGCAUUGUCCCUGUAUUAAAAUGUGUAGAUGUGUACUGUA